GCGACAUUUGUGCGUGAAGAGGCGAAGCAGGCUGAUCGUGCAUAUGUAUGAGCAGACAAAUCGCUAGAGUGUUUUGGAUCUUCUACAUCUCCAACCUCCUCUUCCUGUAUCCGCCCUCCUUGACCGAAAACUUUCCUCCUCAAGCAGGACCUGAUCAUCCAAAGAGACCUGUCUCAAUGUCAUUCCGUGAUCCUACCAGACCACGCCACCACUAUCGAGAACCGAGCAAUCCUUCACUGAGGACGCCAUCGCAGCUUGAUGAUCCUAAAGACGAUCAUAUCACUUACGAGGACCUGGGUAAUUGUGAUGGAACCCAUCCAUUCAAGCCAACGCUCGUAGCGAUUAAAGGGAUCGUGUUCGAUGUUUCUCGAAACCCAGCCUACGGACCCAAUGGACCUUACCACGGUAUGCAACUGACUUCCUCUACAGUCCUGGCGAGAGAAAAGGCCACAUUCUAGACAAUAUCUCUCAUGGCGGCCUCCCAAGCGUCCCUCCCAACAUUGCGCUGCGCAGUGGUGGAGAACACAUCCAGCGUCUUUCUGUCAGAGAAUUGAUGUAGUUUGCUUUCUAGUCUACGCGGGCAAGGAUCCUUCCCGUGCCCUGGCAACAUCCAGCCUCAGCCCUGAAGACUGUGUUCCCGAAUGGCAUGACCUCGAAGACCAAUACAAGACUGUCCUUAACGAGUGGUAUACUUUCUUCACCAACCGAUACAAGGUUGUGGGCAAGGUACGUCAUUUUGGUGUUGACGGGAGAGAAUCGCAAGGCAAUCUUCUGCUCUUUUGAAUUCUACAGAGCGAUCCCGUCUUAUGUGGUGGAAUAAUGAUCAGUGGUAAUGGUGCACGUGAGGAGGGAUACCAAAGUGCCCAAGCACUUUGCGUUUGCUUGUCUUUGAGUUGAGGUGGAAAAGAUGGAUUGAGGAAACCCCCCUUCGAAUCACGAGCUUUGACUAACAACCCAUGCCUUUCCAGGUUGUUGGCGCCCACAAUUCGUGAUUCGGUGUAUUGGCCCAAUUUGUCGCACCAGAGCUUGAUCAUAACUGGCUUUCAGGAAGCUUUCGUUGACUUGCAAGGUCGAACGAUAAGGGGACAAUUUCGGGAAAUGAGAGAAGUUCUAGGAUAGAGUUCAGCGGUACCGACGCAGUCCACUUUGAGGAGCAUGCAGUCUCGAUUCGUAAUCUAGCUGGAGAUCUCUCGGAUAGCUGUAGCAAGGCACCUUAAACAACACUUUGUGGAAUAUCAGACAUGGCGCAUUGCAACCUGGGCUUCAACUUCGAUCGAAGAUUGGGGACGAGGCAUUGCAGACUCAGAGUUCCAUUUCAUUGGCUGUGCGCGACAGCGGAGUAGUCGUUUUGGCCGUAGAAAGAUCGACCAGCCAAGAAUCAUGAAGUCAAC